AUGGAGUACAGCUAGAUGUAUAUUGACUCAAUUGUCUCUGCAGAGUUUCAAAACGACAUCAUAAAUGAAAGAGAUGAUGGAGUUUCUAUCUAAGAUAAAUUCUAAAAAUAUAAUCUAGUUUCCAAAGGAAGCAUUCUCAUGCAUAACAAAGGAAAUAAUUUACAAAGAAAUCACUUAUAAAUAAAUCGAAUAUAAUAGCAAUAACAAUCUUUAAGACAGAUGUCAUAGCAAAAUUUUCCAUAUACUCAUUGUGAAAUGGACUAAGUCUUUAGUUUUUAAAAUGGGCAAAGUUAAAUUUCUAUCAAGGAGAGCCAACACAUCUAAUUUACUUUCAACAAAAUGCCUUCAUCAGUGAUCGGGCCAGGCGGUACUUAAUACUAUGACUGCUAAGAUGAGAUACUGCAUAAUAUGAAUAAUUCCUAGACCUUGCUUCAUGGAAAUAACAGCGAUUAAUUGAUAAUAAGAAAUCGUGGAAAUAAUUCAAGUUUCAAACAAAGAAGAAGGGAGAUUGCUAAUGCGGAGUAACAGCAAAGAUGCAAAUCCUUAGAAUCCCAAAAUAAGAUUUGUGAGAUUUUUACACCCAUUAAAAAUAAUUUCCAAUCUACGAAUACUAAAAAUUAUGAGCUUAAACAAAAUUGCCUCAAAAAGGCAAAUAUGAAUGAGUUGAGAGAGGAAGAAAAAGAAAGUGACAGUUAUAGAUCUCCUGACUCUCAAACAUUAUAAAAACAUUAAGGAACUUCUAAAUACAGAAAUCAUUAAAAUCGAAUAAUUAUGAGCAAGAAAGAUGACAGCAAUCAAUUUAUUCUUGAAGCUCUGUCUUAAUUAGAUAAAAAAGAAAAAAUUGAUCGAGGAAAUUCAUUGUAAAAGACAUCCACAAAAGAAUCUUCAUGGUUAAACUAAAUUUACUCUGACACAAAAGAUAAACUAUUGACCUUGUCGAAGCUUUAGUCUUUGAUCAGGACUUCCUUAAAUAAUUGA